CCCUGGAUGUGUUCGGUGACUCGAGGCGGGGUUGUGAGUCGAGUUGCGUAGGCACAAAAAAAGUUGCUUACACCCUUUUUUACGCUCACGUUCAGACGUCUCAAAAUUGAAAUGAUUGUUGAAAUGUGCGGUCCUCACGACAGCGCCAGAGCUGCCGUACGCACGGUUCUACAGCUGUCAGCCUUUAGCGAACUGGGAAACUGCUAAUAAUGUAAAAACAAAACAAAAACAAGUAGUCAUCAGAGUGAUGUGCACAUCAGAGACGCACUUAUGAACGAUGAACUCAAAAUCGGGUUUGCAGUUGUAUGGGUGGAUGUGAAAGAAUGCCACAAGUGUUGAAGAAAAGUUAUUAACAAUUGCAGCGGCAUAGUGUUGUUAGAACAUCCCGCAAUUAGACGGGAGCGUGGAUUUAGGGAACGCGAGGAUUUAAUGUCCAUUCCAUCAAUGUGCAAAUUAUAUGUGAUGUGAUAUGUGAUCUCGGACCAUUUCUUUUUUGCCUUUAUGUGUGUGCGGUGCCACGACCAACGGCGUUUACGGCCUCACACACAAACACACACAUGCAUUUUCAUAUUUUAAUAGGCAUAUCGUUAUGUUCGUGGUUUGAAAGGGUUAAUAGUUCCGCGAGUGAGGAGGUGUGGUGAUACUGUGUGGCUGAAAGUGAGAGAGUGAGAGAGAGUGAAGCACGGCGGUAAGUGUGGACUUAAUAUCGUCGCAGGGGCAUUACAAUAUUUACACCUGCGGACAAGUGACCAGAUAACACACCUCGCCGCUUCUCCACCUCACUGAGUAGGACCUAUAGUUCGGCUUUAGUAUACAAUUUUUUUCAUGUCCUCAUGAUGAAUUCGCCUGCAGAUCAUUCAUUUAAAUAUAUUUGCAUAUGUAUGUUGAGGCGUGGUAUGGAAAUCCCACAUUGAUUGGUAUGUACAAACGAAACGUUGGAUUUACUACCUACGUACCCACGACAGUUUCUGGAUUUUUGCGUACACCCUUUUUCACGAUGAAAUCUACGCACAUUUAGUACAUCAGAGCCUUGGACUGAGUCCUAGUCGAGUGCAUCAAUCCCAUGAUCUGAAUAAGACGUAAGCAGAUCCAACUGUUUACUCUUCAAGUCAUGGACUCUUUGGACAGACUCAGCAUUUCUUUGUGUUUAACAUUUCUCCUGAGCUCUGCCUCUGCUGCUGCUGGUUCCAGCCCGUGGGGUAAAACAGUCCAGUUCAGUGGUCGUCCGUGUCUGUGGCAGCUACAAGGAGACCCAGGAAAGCCGUCUCUCAACACACAACAAAUUCGAGUUCCUGUGGCUCGUGCUGAGAACAAGUCCAGAAAAAACCCUAACACAGCAGAUCAACCAGACAAUUUCUUCAGAGUUGAAUUGCUCUUACACAUGACUGGAACAACUUCAAGUCCCACACAUGUCAUUAAAACAUGGGUGACAGAGAGCCUGGAGAAAAGCAGAAACAUGUUGGUUCUGAAUCUGGUCAUAAAAGACAACGAUGACAAGAGGAUCAUGAAUAGAAUCGAUGAAAAGACAAUUUUGGAAGAACAAUGGAAAGAAUAUAACUGUUCCUUCCAUGUUCAGGAGUUCAACCAAAAAAGCAUUGAAGAAACAAUGGCUUUCAUCAAUCUUACGUUAAGUUCAAAGUAUGAAAACUGUUCCAUUGUUAUUGAAGCAAUAAUUGUGGAGAUCCAGCACAUACUGCCCAAAAACUGUUUAGAGUCAAAAGUGUCAACAAUCUAUGGAGACUACACUUGGCCUGAAACCUUUCCACAUGUCAUACAAGUCAUGGUCUGCAAAAAGCCAGCAGCAGAACGAGCCUACAGGCUUUGUGAGAUAAACUUUAAAACGGACACUACCAUGUGGGCCAAGCCUGAUUUCAGCAGAUGUUACAAACUGAUGUCUUUUUCAGACCUGGACAACAUUACAGUCACUGAUGGAAAUGCAGCUGAAGUUGUUGAGAUCAUCCAGGACCUGGUGAAAGUUCAUUUAGGAAACUCUUCAGAACUCAGUUCCCCUGAACUAGUUUCUGUGAUAAACAAGCUGCACGAAGUUGUGAACGUCAGUGCCGUCAAUGCUAAUGUGGGGUCUGAAAUAACCAGCAUCAUAUCUGAUCUUAUGCUGUCCCAAACUGACCUGACACCAUUGUCCAACAUGUUCCUCCAUUUGACGGAAAGACUCGAAGAGAAUCUGAUUUUCUCUGGAGAGUCUGAAAGUUUAACAGCGCCCUCUGUGGCUCUUUCAAUGGUCAAUGUCCAAGCUGAAAAUUUUAAAGGUCUUACAUUUGGUGUUUCUUUAGAUUCACCUUCGAUGGUUCCAAAGACUUUUGUGAACCAGACUUUUUCAUCUGAUCUAUUUCCUGAUGCUGAUGCAACCAUUUCUGUUCCUGUUGCCUUACAAUGGUUCUUCACUGAGAACAGAACCCGUGUUAACUUUCAGUUCUAUGGAACUUAUGACCUUUUUCAGGAACAAGACAACGGUAGCAGCACUUUAAGCACGUAUGUGAUUUCAGCCAGUGUCAGAUACAGUCCAGUCAGUCAUCUGACGGAACCAGUAGCUGUGACCUUCAGACAUCACAAGGUUAAACAGCCCAAUGACAAAGUCCAGUGUGUAUUUUGGGAUUUUCAAAAACACGGUGGCAGUGGUGGUUGGAUGAGUUCUGGCUGUGAGACCCAGUCUGUUUCUCCUCAUCAGACAACCUGUCUCUGUGAUCAUCUCACACACUUUGCUGUUCUUCUGGAUGUGUCUAGGACUCCGAUCAGUGAUGAACACAGUUACAUUUUAACCCUUAUCACAUAUCUUGGUUGUGGAAUUUCCUCCAUCUUUCUGGGCAUCACUCUUAUCACUCACCUUGCCUUUGAAAAAGUGCGGCAGGAUUAUCCCUCUCAGAUCCUCAUCCAUCUGUCGUCUGCUCUGCUGGGUCUGAGUCUGGUCUUCCUCCUGGACUCCUGGCUCUCCUCCUUCUCUGACUACAGCCUGUGUAUCACCACAGCUGCAACGCUCCACUACUUCCUAUUGGCUUCUUUCACCUGGAUGGGCCUGGAGGGUGUGCAUAUGUACCUGGCAUUGGUUAAGGUUUUCAACAGGCAUGUUCCUUCCUACAUCCUGAAGUUCAGUGCUGUAGGAUGGGGUCUCCCUUUGGUGGUGGUCUUCCUGGUCCUGGUAAUAGACAAAGAUGCUUAUGGAGACGUAGCGGGCGAUGACGUACCUCUGUCCACUGAGUCUUUCUGCUGGCUGACAGAUGAUGUGGUGUUCUACGUGACGGUGGUGACCUUUGUUCUUCUGAUCUUGUUAUGCAACAUCUCCGUCUUUGUGGUGGUGCUGAUCCAGAUCAGACGGAUGAGGAACAAAAAACCUUUGGGAAACAGUCCUCUUCAGGACCUAAGGGCAGUGGCCAGUCUCACUGUUCUCCUGGGUCUGACCUGGUCCAUGGGCUUCUUCUCCUUCGGACCAGGGCAGGUCGUCCUGAUGUAUCUCUUCUCCAUCUUCAACACUUUACAAGGGUUCUUUGUGUUUUUUUUUCACUGUUUAAUGAAGGAAUCAGUGAGGAAACAGUGGAGAAUCCACUUGUGUGUUGGACGUUUCCGACUCGACGCUGACUCAGACUGGAGUCGUUCAGUGACAGUGGGAGGGUUGAAGAAAGACCUCAUACACUCUGAUUGGCUUGCUUCUCAAAACAGCACCAGCAGAACUAUGUCAAAGUCUUCCGCAGGCUGUCAGUAAUUACAAAUCAUCACCAGUAGAGAGCAUAAUUGUUCCGUUUUAUAAAGCAGUCUAACUUUUCUGAGCGCCUCAGAAAUCAAACUUUCAUUGUCAUAAUGGGCUGUUUUUAAACCAUAUAAUGAAAGGCAUAUCAUAUAUUUUGUUGGUGCUUGUUAAUUGUUUAUGAAAAAUAAAGAAAUAUGAGAAACAUGG